CCCACCAGCGCCAUUGUCUGCCCCACUGUCCCAGCCAUGGCAGGGAGUUCUUGAUUCUGCUGGUGUGGGUCCUGACCGUUUUCUCCCUGGGGCUGACCCAUCUGUCUCUGUCAUGUGUGUCCCUGGUUCUCUUGGAUCUCCCCGCCACUGGUCCUGCAGAACGUGCCCCACAAGACCUCGCUUCCUGAGGGCAUCCGAGUAGGAACUGUUAUGAGGAUCCGUGGUGUCAUCCCAGAAAAGGCUGGCAGGUUCUAUGUGAACCUGCUGUGCAGCGAGGCCCCAGGGAGUGAGGCCGCCCUGCAUUUCAAUCCCCGCCUGGAUCAAUCCACGGUGGUCUUCAACACCCUGGAGCAGGGCACCUGGGGCCAAGAGGAGCGCGGCUCAGGCAUUCCCUUCCAGCACGGGCAGCCUUUCGAAGUGUUCCUUAUUGCCACGGAAGAAGGCUUCAAGGCGGUGGUCGGCGACUCGGAGUACCACCACUUCCGCUACCGGAUCCCGCCGGCGCGCGUGCGCCUCUUGGAGGUGGGCGGGGACCUGCAGCUGGAUUCCGUGAAGAUCUUCUGAGACCCCCCCACCCCGAGGGGCUGGGGGCGCUGGGGUUCGGGAAUGGCAAAUAAAGUUUCAGCCCACGUC